ACUUUUUAUGUAAAGCAGAGGGUUGUUACAGAAAAAGCUUCCUUUCUAUUUUUAUGCUCUUCUUUUAUAUCCUAUAUUAUAUUAUUCCAAUUUCUCCAAUCGAACCUUCUAAAGCCUCUCUCUCUCUAACCCCCUGAAGAAUCAAACCAAUGAAUGACAGCAAAAUGGGUUCUUGUUUUUAAAAUCGAAAUUCACAGCUCUAUUACAAACACAUUCUUAAUUCAUUUUUUUUUUCUUGGAUUUUUUUUUCUAUUUCCUUGGCUUCAAUUUUGACUCUUUACUUCCAACUUCCUUUAUGAUAUGGGCUGCAUAGUGUCUACACCAAAGGAAUCUGGUGGAAACAGAAGGAAACCAGGGAGUAUUGGAGAAGUUUUUGUCUAUAUACCAGGUUUCCGGAUACCCAAAGCUGUCGAUUUUUCUGUGUCACUGGGAGACCACUUGUCAAAGAAUUUAGUGGAACGCCUAUCCGCUUUAAGAACUCGUAUUGUAGUUAUGGCUGGGCAAGAAGCACCAACAGUCACAAGAACAAAGAGAAAAAAUGCUACUCAACAUGGAGGUUCAACAUUGGCUGAUCUUCAUCAGGCCCUUGAAGAUUACUUGCCUAUUCUUUUGGGAUUAGUUAAAGAUGGAAGCCAUCUACAACACAAGGUGCAAUUUGUGUGGAUAAACCAAGAGGAUGAUGCAGAGGAAACUGCCAUGUCCAAUGCAUGGUACGAGGUGUUGUCAGUUUUGCACUUAAUGGCAAUGCUAUUACUUUCACAGGCCAACUUGUUGCUUCUUCCAAGAACAUCUGCUGAUGGUUAUCAGCCAAAAGUAUCAGCAGAGAGCAGGCGUGCUUCCAUUGAUAUUUUCUUGAAGGCUGCAGGAUACCUGGAUUGUGCGGUCCGACAUGUGCUCCCACAGUUUCCAGCUGCACUAAGGAGAGAUUUGCCAGUGGACUUGGCAGAAGGAGUUCUUAGAGCACUUUGCCUGCAAGCGUUGGGGCAGGUUGUUGAUAUCCAACUUGGGAUGGCAAUCGAUAGUGCCAAAGCCACUCUUGCAGUAAAGAGGAGGCUUGCAUGUGAGAUGGUAAAGUACUGGCAACAGGCUCAAGACAAUUUAAUGAAUCUUCUGUUAACAAAUGGUUGGGGGGAAAAGCACCGGCUCUUUGUGAAGUGGAAAUAUGUGGAAGCAAAGGCAGCAGCAUAUUAUUAUCAUGGUUUGAUCCUUGACGAGGGGAAUACGGAGAAAUCUCACGGCAUGGCUGUGGCUGCACUGCAAGCUGCAGAUGAAUAUUUUAAGGAGAGUAGGAGGGCAUGUGAAGCAUUUAAUGCAGCUUCUCCGUUAUCAAGGGAAGCUGUUAGCAUCGGUGCACAUAUGUCUGCAUGAACUAGCUCUAGCUUUUGACUGGCUCUUCUGGGUACGCUUGUAAGGAAAGGUUUUCUGUGUAACUUGACGUAUUCACAUCCUUCAUUCACUUCACUACCACAUCAGUCUCAGGCAUACUCAUAGACCAUAAGACUUUUCAGUGCCUUGAAGUUGAAAUGCUCAAAUUUAUUGUGCCGCUUUAAACUCAUUAAUCUUAGAACUAAACAAGUGACUAUUAACAUGAUCAAAGUUCAACUAGAAGGUCCAUCAAUCUACCUGAGUAAUCUUUGACGGACUCAUCAUCCUUCAAACUAAGGAGCCUAAUUGUCUUGACUCUUCACUUCCUUCAUACUCUUCUUUGAGCUUGUCCCAAACUUGUUUUGGUGACUCCAAAUCCAUAAUCUUUGUAAAAAAUGGUCAGUCAGACCCGCAUGAAUAAAUGUGAUGGCUUUGUCUUUCUUCAACUUGUCAUCUUCAUAUGCCUUGCUUUGCGUAAUGGUGGGAUUUGCUCUUAAGGGAGGUGGAUAGUUGUCUGGUAGCACCACUUGCCAAAGUGAUUGGGAUUUAAGACGAAAUCUCAUCUUGAUUGUCCAAAUAAGUUAGUUUUCACCAUUGAACAUAGAAACUGAAGAAGAUGAACUGAUGGUGGAAGCCAUGCAAGAAGUUGUCACUCUCUCUUGGUAUCUUGGUUGAACUCUCUUCCCAAAAGGGUUUCUAAAUCUGCCUCAGUCUCGAAGAAUAUAAGGGCUCUGAUAUAACCAUUGAAAUUAUGAAAAUUGGUUCGUUUGAUCUGUUCUAAAGUAGAAAUCUAGAGAGAACAAAACUAAUCUUAAGAAGAGAGUGUAGUAUAUGAUAGGUCUCUCAUCACUUCUAGGCAUUUCAUUUAGGUAUAUAUAUGGCUUACAGGAUAAAGAAAUGCAAGCUUCCUAAAGAAGCUAUUAUUAUUAGGUCUAACUUCUCAUAAUUAGUACAACUAAUUAGUCUAAGCCCGAGACCAAUUGGACUAGCAAAAAGAUUAAAUAUAUAUAUAUAUAUAUAUAUAAUUAUAGUUGCCCACGGCUAAUCUCACAAGUUCUAACAAAUUUGUCAUUUGGUUUACCAAGUAUUGAAUGGCUAUAGGGCUUCUUCUACUGACGUCUCUGAGAUUCAGUUUAUUGGCUUUUUCCUUGCAAACAUUCAGAUAAUACCAAUUCUUAUGUCCCUACAUAAACACUGUCUGUUUGGGUGCAGAAAUCCACCACUUUGGGGAACCGUGAAAUAUCUCUCAGAGAAGAUUCCAAAAGAUACUUCUAGCAAGGUUCGGAUAAACCGCGAUUUAUACUCUCAU